AUGGUAUCACCUUUGCCUAGCGACGAAGAACUAGCUUCCUUUUGUAAGAAGAAUUGCCCAGCUGGGACAAGACUUGUCCGCUUCUCAGAUACCACGAUCAUCAAGUUCGGGCUUGACAUCACUCCUACCGAAGCCGCGACACAGCGAUAUGUCUGGGAGCAUGCGAACCCAGACAUCUUCCAUGUACCAGAGCCAUACCGGUUCUUCCAGGAUGGACCCAUUGGAUAUCUCGUCAUGGAGUACCUCGAUGGUACAAGCUUGUCUACGUACCUGGAAUCUGCAUCUUCCGAGGAGCAGAUGAAUUUGGUUAAUUCGGUCAUAGAGGCUCUUGAUCACCUAGCAACACUUCCGGUGCCAUUGAAACAGGGCCCUGGACCAGCUGGUGGUGGUCCCCCCCGAGGCUAUCUAUGGUCAGAUACUGGUAUAUCGACAUCCUUCGCUUCUAUUUUCGAGAUGGAGAGCUGGCUGAAUCACAUACUUUUGCAAUACCAACCAGGCCACCAGACAAGACUGUUCGACUUCACAGCAGCAACUUUAGUGGUUUGCCAUACCGACCUCGCUCCGCGAAAUCUCUUGCGGUUGGAUAGUGGGAAGAUUGCGCUACUGGACUGGGGAAGCGCUGGCUUUUAUCCACCACUAUUCGAGAUAUAUGCUUUGAGAACUCGCGCCGAUCGUGAACCUUUCUUUGCUAGUAUUCUCGAUCGACUCCGUCUAGACGAAGAACAAGAGGGUCAAAUUCAACUGUUAGCUAAAAUCGAACAAAUUCUGCUGUUUUAUGGAGACAUCAUCAAUAGCAAAGCUAACCACAAUUUCGGGAAUUUUGAUCUGAACUGUGAUCUGAAUUUUGUACAGAGUUCGUUGCAUCAGCUCCAUUGGAUUGAUCUUCUUCUCACCGAGAUCCACGCCGUGUACUCGCCCAUCGUGCGCUCAGCAGGAGAUCGUGGAGGGGAAUUCGCGGGCGUUUCUGAGAAGGAGCAGCUAUAA